AUGGUGGAUAAAGGCCCCUUGUUGACUUCUGCCAUUAUUUUCUACCUGUCCAUCGGGGCAGCAAUUUUUCAAGUCCUGGAGGAGCCCAAUUGGAAGAAGGCCGCACAGCACUAUAGACUCCAGAAGGAAAAAAUACUUAAGGACUAUCCCUGUCUGAAGGAAAAAGACUUGGAGAAAAUAUUGCAGAUAGUUUCCAAUGCUGCUGGCCAAGGAGUCACUAUAACUGGAGACAAGACUUUCAACAACUGGAACUGGCCAAAUGCUGUCAUCUUUGCUGCCACAGUCAUAACUACUAUAGGAUAUGGAAACAUUGCUCCCAAAACAUCAGAAGGUCGUGUGUUUUGCAUCUUCUAUGGUCUAUUUGGUGUGCCUUUGUGCCUUACGUGGAUCAGCGAGCUUGGGAAGUUCUUUGGUGGAAGAGCCAAGCACUUUGGUCAAUUUCUAACCAAGAGAGGAUUUUCACUGAGAAAGGCUCAGUUUACCUGUACGGCAAUUUUUCUCCUCUGGGGAGUGCUAUUUCAUUUAUUCCUUCCACCUUUUGUGUUCAUGUCUCAGGAAGGUUGGACGUAUAUUGAAGGCUUGUACUUCUCAUUUGUCACCUUAACCACAAUUGGAUUUGGUGACUUGGUUGCAGGUGUGGAGCCCUCCAAAGAGUACCCCACACUAUACCGAUACUUUGUGGAGGUUUGGAUUUAUCUGGGGCUGGCUUGGCUUUCUUUGUUCUUCAACUGGAAAGUGCGAAUGGUGAUCGAGGCUCACAAAGCACUAAAGAAACGGCGCAAGCUGCGGAAGCUAUCCCUCGAUGAGUUGCGGCACUAUAAGGAGUCCCACAAAGCUUCACUUCGUUUGCCACCCACUCCUAAUGAUGUCAACAUCUUCAGCUUCCUGUCCAAGAAGCAGGAAGGCUACAAUGACUUGAUCAAGCAGAUUGGCACUAAAAGUGAUGAAAAACUCCAUGCCAGCGCAGGGAACGCCAUCCAAAAAGCCAAGGCCAAAGCAAAAGACAUGACUCGCUCCAAGAGCUGCAAUGAUACUCCUAUGUUUAACGGUCCCACCAUCCUCAGUUUAGACCGUUCACCACGGCAGAAGAGAAGAUAUAGCUUUAGUGACCGUGUGACUGUUGCCUUUUCCAAGUCCAAAAACUACCUUCUUGGCUCUGACAAUGGUUUGCUGCUAACAGAUGAUCAUGGGGACAGGAACGUCGAACUUGACCAGGGGCAACUCUGUGAAAACCAGCUUGACAAAGAUGUAGAACAGGAGGGCAGCGGUAUGGGAGAAUGCGGGAGAACUGCUCGAAGGACAUGGGAUUCUAAAGAAUACCAUUCGCUUACUUUUCAAAAUGCGAAUAUUACUUUCAUUGACGAGGAAAACUUUCUUGGCAAUAAUCUAGAGGAGGAUGACGAUGAUUCCAAAGCGAAACUAUCGAUAACUACAUGUGAUGAAAACAUUGAAACCGUCUCCAAGGAUGAACAGAGUUCUGAGUCCGAUGUCUCAGUUUUUACCAGUGACGUUUCAGAACACAGCCACUCAUAUGAGACCCUUGUAGAGGAGUAUGCAAAGGAAGACAACACGGAACCUUAG